GAAAUCGGAGAUAAAAAAAAAUCCCUAUUUUAUUUCCGCCGGAGAAAAUGGUUCAGUGUAGCAACAAUCUCCUCGGAAUCCUCAAUUUCUUCACUUUCCUUCUCUCAAUCCCAAUUCUCUCCGCCGGGAUCUGGCUCGGCAAAAAUGCAGCUACCGAAUGCGAACGUUUUCUCGACAAACCAAUCGUCGUACUCGGAAUCUUCCUCAUGUUCGUCUCAAUCGCCGGACUCGUCGGUGCUUGUUGCCGUGUCUCUUGCCUUCUCUGGCUUUACCUCUUCGCUAUGUUCCUCCUCAUUCUCCUCGGCUUCAGCUUCACAAUCUUCGCAUUCGCCGUCACUAACCGCGGCGCCGGCGAGGUUAUAUCAGAUCGAGGGUAUAAAGAGUAUCAUGUCGGCGAUUACUCAAAUUGGCUGCAGAAACGUGUCACCAAUGCUAAGAAUUGGGAACGGAUCAGGAGUUGUUUGAUGUACUCAGACGUUUGCUCCACUUAUCGUACUCGUUAUUCUAGCAUUAACGUUGAAGAAUUCUACAAGGCUAAUCUUAAUGCUCUUCAGUCUGGUUGCUGUAAGCCGUCCAAUGACUGUAACUUCACCUAUGUGAACCCAACUACUUGGACAAAGACCACUGGUCCAUACAAAAACGAGGACUGUAAUGUCUGGGACAACAAACCAGGAACUCUCUGCUACGACUGCGAUGCCUGCAAGGCUGGUCUACUCGACAACAUCAAGAACUCAUGGAAAAAAGUGGCUCAGGUCAACAUUGUUUUCCUCAUAUUCCUCAUUAUCGUCUACUCUGUUGGUUGUUGCGCGUUCAGGAACAACAGGAAACGCAGCUGGUAUUAGAUCUUUAUGCGUUUGAAAUAGCAGAGAUGUUCUACAAACCAAGACUGAGACCAACGUACGAUAUAUCUCAAGUGCCAUCAUCUUACUGUCAAGUACGUGAGUGCAGCAUUUAAGAAAAUUUGUUGAUCGCU